AUGCGGUGCUGGCUAAACGGAGAUCUUACUUACGCGCUCAGCGUGGAAAGCUUUUUGGGCAAUGGGGUUCAUAACAGGAAAGCCGAGCCAUCAGCUGGGAGCUGGAAGCCAGAAGCGGGGAAUGUUCUCGGUCUAGUGCGAUGCGAUCGCGAGCGGCCGAGGAUGCAUGCAGCAGAGCGUGGGAAGAAGCAGCUCGUGGGGAGUGGCAUCAGCACCAAGGCCUUGCUUGGGCCAGAUGAGAUUUUCUUGGUGGCCACGCUCUUGGCACCAUGUGCGGGCCAAGACGAUGGAGAGCAGGAGGCAGAGGCAAUAGACUUCAGUCUUCCUGGGGAGGGCACCGUGAAUUCAGUAGAGGAGGUUGUCAGCGGUGUCUUUCUCAUAUAUGGAGAGAUGGACGCUGACCUGUUGACCACAGGAGACCUCGACAUAGUAGUGACGGAGACUGUCGGCAAAGUUUGCAAGAACUUCGAGCGCACUUCUGGAGCGCCGACUCUUACGAAAAUGUUUGUUGACGUGCGCACAGUCGGACAGAGACGAUUAGGCAUGAACUACACCUGGCAGAUGCUGCCUCCCAUUGAGGCUGGCAAGGACUGCAUCAACAGACUCGCCAUGGUGAGCUUUGGACCCAAAGAGCCUCCUUUUGACAAGUUCCCCGCUCCACCAAUCAGGGCGCUAUUUGAGGCUGAGAUGCGUCUCCAUCCGCCAACCAGGCUCCUCAACAUGACUGGGUGGACCCUGAGCCUGCAGAACAUGUCGUGUGACGAGCGGCAGGUUAUAAAGCAUUGGAACCACAGCAGAAGCAUUGAUGUCUUCCCCACAGAAGAGCCCGAGUGCCUGGGAACUGACAGCGUCGACUGGGAGCCCAACCUGGAAGGCGAGUUUGACCUCAACGAGGUCGGUGGCUGUGACCUUGCCGCAAGCAACCCCUGCGUUUGCGCUGCGCUGACAAAUUGUGAGUGGGUAACAAGUGUCAGCGGAGUACCUCGUUGUGUGUACACCUCGCGACCCGGAGUACCGUGUGAGGCAUGCCCAAACCAGCCACAAUGCGUCAUUACCCCCGAGAAAGAGUGUGAGAUGAAGUCCACACCAUGUGCAUGUGUGCUUCGCGGGGGUGGAUGCAACUGGGACAUGGCCACGAGUCGCUGCUACUUCGAUGUCACGGCCAGCACGGCUUGCAUUGCCUGCUCUCGGCAAAGCUUCUGCAGUCUGCCAGCGGUUAGAAGCAAGCAGCCGGAAAACCUGGCUCUCAUGGGCCAGGAAGAAAUUGGUUGGUUCAUUAACGUGACUUUUGACAGGGACAUUGAGUUCCUCCGCCUAGGCCUCGGGUCAGGCAUCAUGCUGCAAUGUCGGUCGAACAGGCCGGGAGAUUGGGCUCCAACCUUCGAGUUGGAGUACGGCCAGCUCGUCAUCGACGGAAGCAUGCUUCACAUCAAUGUCCGAGGGCUGCCCAAUGACGAGAGACGGGACUGCGAUCUCGUGAUCGCCAACAAUGCCGUGCGUGAUUCGCAGGAUCGGCUUCCAUUUAAUGGCUUGGAGGACAACGUCAUCUUCGUCACACUUCCGGACGGGAUCCCUCCGGAGGUGGUGAGCUUUGAGCCAGCGAACAGCGCACGGGGAGUUUCGCUCGCCACAACAGUUCACUUCCAUUUCAACGAGAACGUCAGAUUCUACUCCAUUGGCUAUCUGGAACUGUACAUCCUUGGAGGAAAUCGAACUGAUCGUGCCGCGGAUAUCAAGAUCGCAGAGAUUUCUGUCUGGGACGAGGCGGUGGCCAUCGACAGAGACAACCGCAACAUUAUGCAUGUGCAGCUGACUGGACUGCUGAGCACCAGCACGUACUAUUCGCUCACAAUUCCACCACAGACAAUAAGCGACAUCUCCAGCAACCCGUUCGGAGGUAUCGACCGUGGUGUGUACAUCUUUCAGACUGGCGCAGAAGAAAUCGUGGAGGAGCUCGUCGACGACACCGAAGAAGAAACGCUGACCUUCACCAUAGUCUUGGCGGCGGUUGGUGUUCUCGUGUUGGCCAUGGCUGUCGUGGCUGCAUACUUGGUUCUCGAGACGGUGCGAAAAACAAGAAGGAGGGCACGGGUUGUUGCCCGACGCGAGGAGAAAAUGGAGGAGGCCGUCAUAGAGUCCAACGCUCCGGAGACCGCGAGGUCUACAAAAGCUGCGGACUUCAACUUGGGCAGCGAGGUGGAAGAAGAGUGGCCGGUAUCAUUGGCACCGUCAUUGAAAAGCCCCACUUCGGCGACAGCAAGCUCUCCCAAGACGGUGCAAAGCAGCGGUCAGCUCUUGUCACCGCAGAUGUCGCCAAAAGGGCGACCAUCGGUGCAGGUCUUCUCGAAGCCAGAGGAGCUGAAGACCCAAGUGCACGACCAGUUGCGGCAUUCUGGCAAUGUAGUCAGUCUCGCCGACUUGCACGUCAAGAGCAAUUCCAUGAUGAGAACAAUCGGUGGCAAGGUUGGGAGGGUCGAGGCCGACCACAAGCGGCUCUGUGACGGCCCCUUCGUCACCUGUGGCCAGAAGGCACUCCAUGACGCUGUCUCCGACUUCUCCGAAAGUGGAGGCCUAAUUGCCUGCUACACCGAUGCACGCACUUGGAACUACACCAAUGUGAAAUACAGGGUCAAUGCCGGCAUUGCAGAGGUCAAGUUGGACGACCCACUUACUGGCAAUGCAUUGACCAACAAGACGAUAUCCGCUUUGCUGGACAUCUGUGCUGAAUUGCACGGACGGCAUGAUGUUAAAGUCAUUGCAUUUACAGCAGCAGGGCUUCAUUUCUGCAGCGGUGGUGCCUUCGGUGCCAGACUCGGCGAUGUCUUUGCUGCUGAUUGCAGGCUGGCUGUUGCAGCCACAGCCACAUGUGCUGCUGCCAGUUCUGUGGCUUGUAUUGCUAUCAGCUGCCAAGGUGGAGAUGUUGCUCCUGACGAUGCCGAGUAUGCGCCCAAGCUGGAUCCAGGAGCCAGUGAAUUCGAAAUGACUACAGCAUCGAAUCUCUUGCUCGCCAAGCUAGUUUACUUGCUGAACACAUUGCCGCAGUUCAAGGUGGCCGCAAUCCGUGGCUCGACGCUGGGUGCGGGCAUCAGCAUCGUUGCUUCCAUGGACUUGGUGGUCGCACCACCAAAGAGGACGAUGUUUAAGUUCAAGGAAGCUGCGCGUGGUCUGGGAGCGUGCUGCUCCUGGCAGGGCAUCAUUGCGAAGAUAGGUGUGGCGAGAAUGCGACGGCUGUGCAUGUUAGCGGAGGACGUGGACGUGUUCGAAGCCAAGGAGCUUGGGCUGGUUGACGAGAUCCUCGAAGGUUCAUACGCGGAUGCAGACGAGUGGGCGGUGACGAAGGCCAAAGAAGUCGCAAGACGCAGCCUGGACGACCGCUCGAGUCUUAAGACAACAGGCGAACACCGUUGCCGUGCACGACUCUUUCCGAUGCCUGGGCAAGGUGCCGACUGCUUCGCCGAGGAGGCAUGCCGACAUCAGCACCAGUUUGGGGGGUGCGGUGAAGCUUGCACCCUGCCCUGCCCUGCUCUGGAUGUCCCGUUGGCUGAGAUGGGCUGGCGGAACAUAAUCAAAGCGAAUUUCCUACCUGUGUACAACAAGCUGGUCGAGCGAGAUGCCGGUCUGCGGACAAAGGAGGAUGCAACUGCUUUUGAAAAGAAGAAGCUGAGCAAGCUCCAGAGUGCUGCCGUCGCAGCACCGAAAGCUGUACGAGUGGAUGCAAAGCGCCACGGGCUGAACGUCUCGGCCCAGGUGGCACGACAGCUCGAGGGCACCUCAGUCGUCGCACCAUGGGAAUCAGAGGUGAAGAUGCAACGCGGUGUCAAGGGUGAGCGCAAGGGCCUGGAGGCUGCCGAAGCUGCUGAGAAGAAGCGGGCGAAGCAGCAGAAGACACGGAGCGAGAAACUGCAAAUGGUCGAGGGCCCAGAGCUGAAAGAUGGGGCAAAGCUGCUUACACUGCAGAGUGAUGCAAUCGGUGACAUGCAGGAGCUGUUGGAGGCUUUCCGAAAACAAGAUCCCGGAAUGGCUGAUUGGCUGCUGAAGAGCGAUCUGAUAGCAGCGAGGGAUGUUCUGCCUCGAAGGGAAGAUGCGAAGACGAUUGCAAAAGCCAUGAAGGACCAAAGCAAGAAGCUUCGCAAAGCGGCCGCCAAGACGGCGGCCCCUUUCCAGGCCGGCAACACAAAGCUUUACAGUGCCGAGGUGGCCCCCGGGCUUCUGCUUCGGGGCAAGAUCGACGCUCACAGGCAGAUGUCCGACGAGGGAUGCCGCAGCAUCGAUAUUUUCGAGCACAAAGCUCGCCAGCGCGCCUUGGCACUCCCAGGCUUGCGGCUAGAGAAGAUCCAGUGCCUUGGCUACAUCGACCUGGUAAAAAGAACUUCAUGGCAAUGCGAAGUGAAGCAGGAGCCGGAGCUGUGGAAGGAGCGCAUUGACCAUGCCCGGGCUGCAGUGCCGGAGGAUUGGGGAAACACCGUUGGCCUCACGAGGUUGGAAGAAGUGGCAGCUCCAUGGCAGGUGGACUUGCUUUGCUCGCAUCUCUUUGCAGGCUGUGAAGCGUGUGACAGUCCUUCGUCUCUCAGGAUGCAGCUUUGGCCGGAAUACGAGAUAGAUGCACUGCUGGCCGGCCUUGUGGAUGCCCUCGCGGAGCUCCACCGAAGCGCCGGGAAGGUGCGACUUCUCCAUGUGCAGAUGCCAAGCAAGCAAGGCGACGGAUGUUUGUCCACUCGCGUGCCGGCGGCUCUCGCAGACCGGUUCCACGAGGUCCUGGCGUUGUUCCACAUGCUGCCAAUGUUCGUAUUGGGCACACUGAGGGGACAGAUCUCUGGAUCGGGCCUCGUACUCUGCUCAACCUUCGAUGCAGUGGUGACAGUGCAGGCGUGCCCGAUGUGA